AUGGUACCAGAUGGCAAGAUCAUGAAAACGGAACCUUUUUUUCAAAAGAAGGAAGAAUAUAUUCUGUUCAUCUAUAAAUCUAUCUCAGUCUGUUCAUCUUCAAUCUGUUCAUCUAUCUAUCUAUCUAUCUAUCUAUCUAUCUAUCUAUCUCAAUAUGUUCAUCUAUUCAUCUAUCUAUAUCUGUUCAUCUAUUUAUCUAUCUCUCUCAAUUUAUUCAUCUAUCUUAAUCCAUUCAUCUAUCUCUAUCUAUUCAUCUAUUUAUCUAUCUCUAUCUAUUCAUCUAUUUAUCUAUCUAUCUCAAUCUUCUGCUCAUCUAUCUAUCUAUCUAUCUAUCUAUCUAUCUAUCUAUCUAUCUCAAUUUGUUCAUCUAUCUUAAUCCAUUCAUCUAUUUCAAUCUAUGGUUCCUAUCUAUCUAUCUAUCUAUCUAUCUAUCUAUCUAUCUAUCUAUACUUCAGCCAGGUUAUCAGAUCUAUAUGGACAGACUGCUUCGUUCAUAUCUCAGCCUCGAAGUUAUCUGGCUCUAUUUAA